AUGGUCACAAAAACAAUAUCUCAGAACACCCUAUCCUGGUUUGACGAGGCUCGUUUCAUUAAACCAGAUGCGAUCUUUGUUUUGACUGCUCAGUAUGUCACAUUUAAAUCACCCCGGAAAGUCAACUUGGGACAGGGCACAUAUCGAGACGAAAAUGGGAACCCAUGGGUUCUUCCCUCGGUUAGGAAGAGUCGGGAGUUGCUGUCGCAGAGUUUGAACCACGAAUAUCCUCCAAUUGUCCGCUUAGCAGAUUUUCGCAAGGAGUCCCGCAAUCACUACACAAAAAAAGAAACCAACGAAGGAAUAGCUUGCAACUUGCAAAGUCUUUCCGGCACUGGAGCAUUGCAUUUGGCUGGACUGCUCCUCAGAGCCUGUAAACAUUUCCCAAGAUCUAUAUUCCUGAGCCAACCUGGUCCAACCAUCAUCAGGUGUUGUGAAACCUUUCAAUACUACAACACAGAGACGAAAAAUCUAGAAAUCAACUCAUACUAUUCUGCAUUGAAACCAGCAGCGCCCAACUCUGUGGUUUAUAUCCACGCCUGUGGCCAUAAUCCAACAGGGUGUGAUCCCAGCAAAGAGCAGAGGCAAGAGCUCGCAUCUAUAUUUAAAGAAAGAGAAGUGUUUACACUUUUCGAUGCUGCUUAUUUGGGAUUUAAUUCGGGCAAUGUUGAUAGCGAUGCUUCUGCCAUUCAUUCAUGCAUUGAAGAGGCAAAAUUAGAAGCUGGAGUUUGUUUAUCAUUUGCAAAGAACAUGGGCCUUUAUGGCGAGCGACUCGGCUGCCUUUUAUUGGCGACAAGUGCGGAACAAACUGCCGUGAAGACUCAAUCAAUGCUUGAAAUGCUUCAGCGGUCUGAAGUCUCGAACUCACCAGCCUAUGGUGCAAAAAUCGCAAACACCAUACUAGCCGAUCCUACGUUAAGACAGGCCUGGCAGGAUGACUUGAUUACUAUGAGUGACAGGAUCCGCUCAAGGCGGGAGGAGUUGUAUGGCCAUUUAGUGUCUUGUGGGGCACCUGGCUCUUGGGAGCAUCUCAUCCGUCAGUCCGGCAUCUUCGGAUUUUUGGGACUGUCUCCAAGCAUAGUGCUGAAACUUCGCGAGCAAUACCACAUUUACAUGGCAGACAACUCUUGGAUAUCGAUUGCUGGGUUGAAUAAAGGAAAUGUGGCCUAUGUUGGAGAGUUCAUCACCAAGUGUUUGAAGCAGAAUGCUAGCCCUAGAUGCCCCGAUAUGGAGGCCUCCGAAGUUAGCACAGUCAGUUGA